AUGGCUUCGGCGUCGAAGAAACGGGCCAGGACUAUUUCUCGUGUCGCUUCUCAGAUUUAUUUCCUCUUUAUUCUUUUCCAGAUUCCCCUUUUCAGGUUCCCAUGUAGAAUUGGUACGUGUUCAAGUCCUGUGGAAGUAACAUCUUCUCAGUUAAUUGCAAGUGAAGUUCUUCCACCAAUGGUAGUCAAAGCCCUUCUAUACCCAGGAGCCAUAACAAAAGCCAUUAUCAACCACAAACCCAUCCCAAGUUAUAAUAAGCUUUUGAAAGGCGGGAAAUUUUCCAAUUUGCGAAAAGGGUCUUCAAACAUUGAUCUCAAACACUUUGAGGUUCUUGCAGGAUGCUACUUCUCUAUAGCUGGAGCAGUUCUAGGUCUAAUGAGGCCAGGAAGAAUGAGCCUGUUUGGGUUGCUGCUGAUUCUUUGCGGUGUUGGUAGGGAAGCCUUAUUUGGAUCCAAACAAGUUGGAAUAUACUCUGCAAUGUACAUUGCUCUACUUUUGGCUUUCUUUGGCAUUAGAAGGGAUUCCUUAAAUUAUCCAAUUCAUGCUAGGGGUUGUGUUAGCAGGCAAAGAAGCCUGAAAUCUGUUAGGAGUGGUUCUGUUCUUGCUUUGCGUUCAUCCUCAAUAAUCCCCAAAACUGAAGAAAGUGGUAAUCCAAUUGAUCUCAGAAAGAGUACUCACUCGAAUGAUUUUCCAGUCAAUGGUAAUUCUGGAGGUUCAUUGCUCACUCAGGGCAACUCGGUUGGAGUAAUUGGUGGUGUUUCCAUUGUAUCCACCAUGAAUUUUGUCAACAAAUUAGUGAAAUGGAGUUCAAAAGAAGAUGAGGAAAACUGCAGCAUUCCUUUUGUACUUUGCUCUGAUCCAAUGCUAAGCAAGGAGCUUCAACUGUAUGAAAGGAGUAGUUUCCCUUUCCCGACUAGUAAAAGGGCAGAACACAUUCCGAGGGAUCACAGUUCUAUAGUAUCGAAUCUGAGGAAGAAACGGGUCUUUCUUGAGAACUCGGGGGCUGGUUGCAUUGUGAUGCCUUGUCAUGUAUCACAUUCAUGGUAUGAUGAGAUUACAGAAGGAUGUUCUGUUCCUGUUCUUCAUGUUGGUGAAUGUGUUGCCAGGGAGCUAAAGGAAGCAAACCUAAAGCCUGUCGAAGCCGGAAGUCCCCCGCGAAUAGGACUUCUUGCAUCCGAUGCCACUUUAGCUGCCGGGUUUUAUCAGGAGAAACUCCAAAACCAGGGUUUCGAGGUCGUACAGCCGGACAAAGCGACCAUGGAACACACAGUAUUACCAGCAAUGGAAGCUUUAAGCAGGAAAGACAUUGAAGGAGCUCAGAAUUUGUUGAGAAUUGCUUUACAAGUUCUUCUAGUAAGAGCGGUGAACACUAUCAUCCUUGCCUCUGAUGACCUGCAAAACCUUUUGCCUCCUGAUGAUCCUCUUCUCAAGAGAUGCCUGGACCCAACGGAUGCUUUAGCCAGAUCAGCAAUACAGCAUUCCAUAUCAGAUAAAACAGAAAUGUAG